UUUUUCUCUUCUCUCUCUUCUCCCCUGCCUCGAUAAGUACUACUUCACUUUGUCCCAUUUUCUUCAACUUCAAUUCUUCUCACACUAAUAACACACCACCCUUAAUUCCUCUCACUCUAUGGCUUCAAUGGUUGUCAUCAUCACUUUUAUUCUUGGUCUUAUAUUGCUGGAUUCUCUUGCUGUUGAAUCAAGAAUCCCUGGUGUUUACUCUGGUGGUUCUUGGCAAAAUGCUCAUGCUACAUUUUAUGGUGGCAGUGAUGCUUCUGGAACUAUGGGUGGUGCAUGUGGUUACGGGAAUUUGUACAGCCAAGGGUACGGAGUGAACACAGCAGCACUAAGCACUGCUUUGUUUAACAAUGGAUUAAGUUGUGGAGCUUGUUUUGAGUUGAAAUGCAAAAAUGAUCCUAAUUGGAAGUGGUGUCUCCCUGGAAAUCCUUCUAUUUUAAUUACAGCCACUAAUUUCUGUCCACCAAACUACGCCGAGCCUAAUGACAAUGGUGGAUGGUGCAACCCUCCUCGCUCUCACUUUGAUCUUGCCAUGCCUAUGUUCCUCAAGCUUGCUGAGUACCGUGCUGGCAUUGUUCCUGUUACUUAUCGCCGGAUACCAUGCCGCAAGCAAGGAGGGAUCAGGUUCACAAUCAAUGGAUUCCGUUACUUCAACUUGGUUUUGAUCACCAACGUGGCGGGUGCAGGAGACAUUAUUAAGGUGUGGGUAAAAGGGUCAAAGACUAACUGGAUUCCCUUGAGCCGAAAUUGGGGUCAAAAUUGGCAAUCAAACGCAGUCUUAACUGGUCAAUCACUAUCUUUCAGGGUCAAAGCUAGUGACCAUCGCUCAUCUACUUCAUGGAAUAUUGUUCCUUCUCAUUGGCAAUUUGGCCAAACUUUUACCGGAAAGAAUUUCAGAGUCUAAAUUUUAUCCAAAACAAAGAAAUUCCCCUUUUUAAAAGUUUUGUUUACAUUUUAUUGAUCUGAUAUAUUUUCACCUCUUGAAAAAAGUGAAUGGAGGGAAAGAAUAGUGUUAAAUUUAAAGGGUCUUUCUUGUUGGUGGGCAAGGGAAAAAAAGUACUAGUAUGUUUAGGUGUUUGUCCGAGUGCUUGUAUCGACUUUUUUGACUAUAUUGAAAUAGGAAUAGUAGUAGUAUUGUUAAAGGGGGAAAGUGAAUGUAACAGAGCUUGAAGCGGCUGCAAAAUCCUGCAGCCCGCAGCUGGUUUUACUUUAACCGUAUACGUGAUAAGUUUUUAUGAAUGCAUCUCUACGUGUCUUUUUCUGUUGAA